AUGUUUCGUCUGCGCCUGAAUCCAUCGCGAUUUCAAUUAUCUCCCGAUCAGAAGUACUUGUUGCUGGCACUGAACGUUCAAAAACUCUUCAGGCACUCUUAUUUGGCUCAGUACAGCGUCUACGACAUACAGACGGGGAAUGACUUUCCAUUGCGCCCUAUACCAGAAGAUGACGACCAUCCUUUUUUACUCCUUGCACAAUGGGCACCCAAAGGUCACGCUCUGGUUAUGGUUCAAGACUACAAUAUUUUUUAUAGAAAAACGCCAACGUCACAUACUGGAUAUAGAGUGACUCAUACAGCUGUACCAGGUGUAGUUAGCCAUGGGGUACCUGAUUGGUUGUACGAAGAAGAAAUAUUGGGUACGAAUUCUGCCAUAUGGAUGUCCAGAGAUGGCAUGUUAAUGGUUUUUGCAUCUUUUAACGAUAGUCUUGUUGAGGAGUUGCGGUUUCCCUGGUACGGAUCUAUAAAAGAUGGACGACUGUAUCCAGAUAUUCGAUCGUUAAGGUACCCUAAACCUGGAACAAGAAAUCCCCAAGUGGUACUUACGGUUGCUGAUCUUGCGGAUACCUCCAAUAUUAAGAUGAAACCAGUGAUACCCCCAAACGUCAUUGCACGGAACGACCACUACUUUACUGCGGUGUCCUGGAUCAGCUCUACAGAAAUUAGUGUAGUAUGGCUUAACCGCCCACAAAAUUUAUCUGUGAUAACUAUAUGUUCGAGUCCAAAAUGGGACUGCAGAGAAACACAACGCAUAACUGGAGAUGGCCACGGAUGGGUGGAUAUGAGUGAUAGUCCCGUUUUUGGAACUGACAGUUCAAAUUAUAUUACUAUUGCACCAGUUAGGGAUGGUCCGGCAGGGACUUUUCGACAUGCCGUGGCAGUAAACAUUCCAAAAAGACGUUUUAUUCCUCUAACACAUGGUAGAUAUGAAGUUACGAGGAUAUUAACUUGGGAUCAUUCCAAUGAUGUUAUAUAUUAUCUUGGAAUACCCGAAGGUAAACCUGGCCAAUUACAUCUUUACAGAGUGGCGUCCGUACCGCCUAGAACGGGCGCUUCUUUGCCUCCCCCAGUCUGCAUUACUUGCGUCAAAGAACCUGCUCCUACACAACCACCAUUCAUAGCUCUGGACGAAAAUAUUUACAGAGUAAAAACAAAUAGUUGGGACGAAGAUGACGAAGAUAUUGUCCUCACAACUCCUCCCACAAGAAAAAGGCGUAAGAAGCAAAAGGUUGUCGAAAAGGAACCACCUUGUUUAUAUCACAAUGUUGUAUUUAGUCCCAAUUCUGCCUAUUAUGUUUUGGAGUGCUUGGGUCCUGGGAUUCCUACUAGUAUCUUAUAUAAAACAGGAAUGCCAAAAUCAAAAAUUCUAAUGUGGCUGCAAAACAACACGGAGCUCAAAGAACGAGUAGAAGAAAUGGCAAUGCCGCAAAUUAGGACAUUUCCUGUCCAGAUAUCCGGAGGAUAUCAAGCACACGUUCGUCUUCAUCUCCCUCCUGGUCUAAGAGAAGACGAAAUCACAAGAUAUCCUUUAAUAGUUCAAGUUUAUGGAGGACCUGGAAGCCAAUUGGUUACUGAAAGAUGGAGAAUUGAUUGGAACACAUACCUUUCGGGCAACAAAGAUUUCAUUAUUGCACAAAUUGAUGGUAGAGGAUCAGGAGGACAAGGGCAUCAAAUUCUACAUAAAGUUUAUUAUAAGUUGGGUUCGGUUGAAGUUGCAGAUCAGCUAGAAGUUACAGAGUAUUUACGAGAUACUCAACAUUUUAUUGACAAGAGACGUGUAGCAGUGUGGGGCUGGAGUUAUGGUGGAUUCGUAGCUGCGUUGGCAUUAGCCAGUCCUAAAAACGUUUUUCACUGUGCUAUAGCAGUUUCGCCAGUAACUAAUUGGAAAUUGUAUGAUUCUGCGUAUACGGAACGAUUCAUGGGUCUUCCAAAUGUAACAGACAAUUACAAGGGAUAUGAAGAAGCGGAUGUCAGCAAAAAGGCUCAUCUAUUAAAAGAUAAAAUGUUUUACCUUAUUCAUGGAUCUGCAGAUGAUAAUGUUCACUUACAGCAAUCAAUGGCUUUGGUAAAAGCCUUAUCAGAAGCUGGAACACUUUUCCGGCAGCAGAUCUAUCCAGACGAAAGCCAUAACCUAGGAGGUGUGAAACGACACCUUUAUGAAAGCAUGGGCAACUUCUUGGAAGACUGUUUCCGCAAGCAAGUACCUCCUGAGUUCAAAGCGGGUUUAAGGAACUAUGUUGACUAGUAUACGGAGGAAGAUUCGCAAGAAUCUUCAGCCAGAUAGAAAUGCAGCAAACCGAAUUUAAAGUACAAUAAUUUGUUUACUUUCCCUUUGUAAAAUUUAUUGUACAUGAAUGUAAUCUUUUUACAGCACAUCAAGUAAGAAUGGUCUACGGCAUAGUCUCCCACUGAUGUUCUAUUAAAUAUAUCUGAUUGAUUACACUAAAAGAACACAAAAAUGAUUAAUGGUGUUAAAGUAGAAGUGAAAGUAAAAGCAUAUUACUACAAAAAUUAUAUAAGAGUGCAUGACUUAUGAGAACUUCGACUACUCAAACUAUGCUAAUACUGUAGCGACGAUUGGAAGAAUGCGAGAACAACGACUUGGAAGAUAUCUGCAAUUUUUAGAAAUAUCUCAAGAUUUGACAUGUGUCGUUUUUUAAAUAUUAGACUUAUGAGUUCUGCUCAACUUUUUUUAUCCAUUGAUAUUUGAUGGAUAAAGACUUGUAAGUUUUGAUCAACUUUUUUAUUCAUUAAUCUAUGGUGGAUAAAGCAGUGGUAGGCGUCCUGUGUCAAAACUAUGUCUAUUACCAUUAUUUUUGUCUUGUCUUUUUCAAUCUUACGAACAACUUUAUUGGUUUACAACUCAACUCUUCGCAGGAGGUUUAGCAUUUAUGAUUCAUUUGCUGCUAUCACUGUAAUACCAUUAUCAAUUCUUAAAUUGGAGAUUUUUUUUUUUCAGUGGGUUCUUUUCACUUUUCACACCCCUGUUUUUCCUGGGAUAUUUGAUAAUUUAGGUUAGUUUUUAAUCUGUUAUUGAUGAUAUGCAACAAGAUUUUACAGACAUGUGUAAUACGGACAAUGUACGCUAGUUUUAAUAUCUAUUUUUUACAUAGUGAAAUAUAAAUUGAGGUACAGCAAUCAGUUGGCCAUUUUCUCUAAUUUCAAACAGCGAAACAGAUAGAAUGGAUGAUCCUUUAUCACCUGGUGACUGCAUUAUUUCUCCUAAUACUGUUUAAAUUGCUGAGGAUUUAUUUCUUUUUAACGAUUACCAUUUAAUUGCAUCUUUUAUUUCAGGGAGCAAGACAGUUAAAAUAUCUAGGGUAGUCAUAGAGAUAUACAUUUUCUGCUGUAGUCGCCUUAUUUUAUACACACCGCUACAAUAUUUUCGCCACUUUCCAGUAUUUCAUCAGUAUUGGUCUUUAGAUUAUCUUCUUUAUCCAUCACAGACCAGGUUUGAGGUUUAAACUCUCUGGUAAGGAGUUUGACGUUUUGAAAUAAAUCUCUCCCUUCAUUUCAACAGAAGUGUUCCUUUAUUUCGCUGCACAUUUGGGAGAUACAAUCCUCCAUGUUUUUGAGGCAUUGCUUUCGUAUUUUUUCCAAAACGCUCUAUAUUCGUUGUUUGCUCCAAAUCUAGUUUUAUGUUCUUUCUGUGUAAAAUCACAGUCUUCAAUUAUGGCUUACGGUCAAUGGCUUACGGUUUAUGGAAACAGGUGCUCCAUAGUCUUUUGAAGUCUCGAUUAUUUUGUCUUUGAGACAGAUCCAAGUGUUUUCAGGAUCACUAUCUACUUGAUCUAAAGUUAGGUUUUUACUGAGGUCUGUUGAAAUUCGUUUAUUUUUGAUGAGCUUGGUUACAUGAUUUUUCUCGAAGGUCUUCUUUUAAGGACUUUAAGACAGAGUCGGACGUUUAAUAUUAGGAGUUGAUGUUCACCUCAACAAUCUGCGAUAAGCAUGAGUUUCAUUUGAUGCCCGAGGAUAUUCAUCUCAAUCUCAUACACUUAUAAAGAAAUAAGCUGUUGAUUCCCAUUAUAUAUUAUAUUGUAAUAAAAAUAUAUUUAUUAAUACGGAUAGUACUUAGUUGAGGACGGUAAACAUUGUAUUCUACCGAAGGUGCCACUCUCAGGUAAGCCCCAAAUCUAACCUCUCCCUAAUCUACUAGCGUCCUCUUAUUCAUUACAUCAAUAUUUUUGUUAUAUUUUUCAUUACUGUGUCAAGUUUAAUGAUAUUUAUAUUAUGUUAUUGCUUACCUAACAGAAAACCACUACGCCAUCAAGUGCACACCGUUGGGCACUACUUUUGCAAGCAAUUGAAUGACCAUGUUUUUUGUUAUUUACCAAUCUAUAAAUAAAUAUCAUAGCUCGUAUUUUAAAGGAUUUGUAAAACUAAGAUUUUGUAAAAAUUAUUCGUGGAUAUGUACACACUGACAAUGUCAUGUUUUGUAGUGAAUCAUGCAAAUUAGCAGACUCAAUGAAAAUAAAGAAUGUUAAAAAAUUUUAAAAAAAUAACAUUUACAAAAAUUUUCGUUAUCCCAACUGGUAAUAGACUUGGCUAACGGUAGUAAUAGCAACGCCAUCGAAAUAAAAACAUAUAGGAAAAGCUACAUGGAUUCUUUAUCAGGUGAAAUUUUUUCUGAUACAUGAAAAUGACGAAAGCGUACAGCGUACUAAAAACCUGUACAAAAAAGUUCAGCAGAACUCAUUAGUUGAGAUUUCAAAAAACGUCACUGUUCAAGUCUAAAAGACACAUUGCUAAAUAUAAUUUUGUAUGUUAAAAGUAUCAGCUCUAAAUUACUUGAUAUUGGUUUGAAACAAACCCGGUAAAAAUUGGGCGAACUAUUAACAAAAUUGCUUUAAACUGUCUUCAUAGAUGUCGUUUUAAGUUUUUAGGUUAUUAACUCUCAUAUAAUUUUUGCAAUAAUAUAAUUAUAUAAUUUGGAUAAAAUUUGCUAAAAAUUACUAACCUUACCUUAUUUUCUAAAAGGCUGUUACUUUUUAUUCUCCGACCUCAAAUAAAAUGUAUUUCAAAAGUGUGCUAUCAAAAUACUGCUAAAAAUCUACCCCUUACUGUGCUUUGAGGCAUCCUCAUGUGGAUGUUAGUGAUGAAAGUGCCAAAUUUUAAAUACGAUUGAUGUCAUUAUAUAUACGAGAUGUAACUAAAUGUUCUCCGGCGAGCGAUUCGAAUCCAUAGAAAUAAUUACGGUAUACCGACUCAGGAAAUAAAUAUCCCUGUAACGCAGACGAAUAUAAAAGCACCUGUAAUGGUUAUCGAUAUGGAACUGAGUAAACAUGUAAUCAAUACAAAAUUAAAUACAUACUACCUACUCUUUUUUAUUUUAAAAUCAUAAAAAUAAUCAAUUAAGGCUAUAACAUUAAAUUUGCUGUAUAAUGCACCAUUGUACAGCAAAUAAUGAAAAUUAAACCUCGUCAUUUCAAGUUACUCGCUAAUCGCACUAGAAACACUAAAAACAUACACGGGCCAUAUUUGAGUCCACGGGGGUUUAACUCUGUAGCCUUCUUCUUUACGUGCCAUCUCCGCCACGGAGAUUGGCAAUCAUUACGGCUAGUCUGAUUUAGAGUUCGGUUGAUGUGCAUCCGUACCAUUCCCUCAAGUUAAGCAACCAUGAUAUUCUCCUCCUUCCUACAUUUCUCUUGCCCUGGAUUUUCCCUUGUAUAAUUAAUUGAAGUAUGUUGCAUCUCUCAUUAUGCAUAACAUGCCCCAGGUAUUGCAGGUUUCGUGUCUUGAUGGUUUCCAAUAUUUCCAUUCUUUUGUUGACUCUUCUCAUGACUUCGUUGUUUGUUAUAUGCUCAGUCCAUGAUAUCUUUAGGAUUCUUCUAUACACCCACAGUUUAAAUGCUUCUAACUUUUUAGUAGUCGCCGCAUUGUGUUCAUGCUUCUAUCCCGCAAAGCAGACUCUAGAAAAUAUAACACCUUGCCAGCCUAACUCGCAAGUCUAAUUUCAGCUCUUUUGCACAAAGUACCUUUCUCAUUUUAUUGAAGUUUAUAGUAGUAACACAAAAACUAACGAGUUUUUUUAUCGAUAAAUCACCUGCUUAUCGAAGAUUAGCAGAACGCGCUCAGCGUGCCAUCUACAUUUUAGUAUCAAAACAUCUCUUUAUUACUUUGAAGGUCAAAUUUGACCUAUCCAUGGUAAUCAAGUGUAGAAACACACGAGCCACUCUGCAGUGUUUCCAAGCAGCGCAACAGAGUAUCUUCCGCUGAUUAGUCGUAAAUUCUGAUGUUAAUUAAAAGUGCCAUCCAGACGAGCGAUAGUGGACCGAGACGGUCGCGAUCAGUCGCCGGUCUCCGAUUCGAGUCCACAAGUCGCAUGAAACUUUUCAGACGGGCCACUUUUGUAUCUGUCGCAGUUUUUUACUAGAUUUUACACGGUGAGCACGUAAAAUGUCUCUUAAUUCCGAAAGACUUUUGAUCGAAAUUCAAAAUAAACCCGCGAUAUGGUGUACGGUACCAUGUCAUCAUAAGCCUUUCUUCAGGAGGAAUUUUUUUUUCAUAUUUGUGUCGGUUUUUUCAAUCGGAUUUGAGUCUAACCCGGCUCUUGGCUUUCAUGCGUCAGUCUUUCAGGCCGAGAUCUUGGCGAUCCUGGUGCUUAAGGGAUACUAGACCGGGCUUGCUCAGGUAGGACCACCUCUAAUUGCUUUGAUAGUCAGGAAGCUCUGAGGGCUUUGGAAGCGCCCAAGCUCAGCUCUAAACUGGUUUAUGAGUGCAAGAGAGCACUUGAUAAUGUUGCUC